AUGACGUUUUCAAAAGUACCUCCCAGCGGAAUCUGGGCUCCCGCCAUCACAUUCUUUGACCCGAAGACCGACACGCUAGACCCGGAGUCACAGGCGACAUACUACUCCUACCUGUCCAAGUCGGGGCUCGCCGGUCUCGUCAUCCUAGGCACCAACGCCGAGACCUUCCUGCUCACCCGCGAGGAGCGCAAAGAGCUCCUCCAGGUAGCUCGAAAGGCAUGCGGGCCCGACUUCCCCAUCAUGGCGGGCGUGGGCGGGCACUCCACCAAGCAGGUGCUGGAGUACAUCGCCGACGCCGCCGACGCGGGCGCGAACUACGCGCUCGUGCUACCCCCGGCCUACUUCGGCAAGGCCACCACUGCCCCCGUGAUAGACGGCUUCUUCGCCGACGUCGCUUCGACCUCUUCCCUCCCCAUUGUCCUGUACAACUUCCCCGGCGUCUGCAACGGGGUCGACUUGGACUCGGAUACGAUCGCCAAGCUGGCGAACAAGCACAGCAACAUCGUCGGCGUCAAGCUGACAUGCGGUUCCGUGGCCAAGAUCACGCGGCUGGCUGCCGAACUGCCCGCCGAGCGGUUUGCGACCUUUGGCGGACAGUCGGAUUUCCUGAUCGGAGGGUUGGCAGUCGGCUCGGCGGGCUGCAUCGCCGCGUUUGCGAACGUGUUCCCUAGUACGCUUGUCCGGAUUUAUAAGCUCUACAAGGAGGGCAAGUUCGAAGAGGCCCUGUCCUUGCACCAGAAGGCAGCGCUCGCGGAACAGCCGUGCAAGUCCGGCAUCGCGGCGACGAAAUACGCAGCGGCCAUCCACACCGCCAAGGCCGCUGGUAUCGAGGGCGCGGAGGAGAAGCUGAAGCCGAGACGGCCGUACUCGGAGCCUUCUGAGGCGGCCAAGAAUGCCGUUGGCACCCAGAUGGCGGAGCUGGCGAAGAUCGAGGAGAGUCUUAGAUAG